AUGACACAACCUCCACAGAGCGAGACCGCCACCAUCGCUGUGCCCGAGUCCGACGCUCAGUCGGUCAAGUCGGGUGAACACCCUCGCGACAGCGUUUCCGUACAUUCCGAAGACACUAUUGAUCUCCCAAAUUUCAUCCCGGCUUCGCAUGAUGCCCGUCGUGCGGAUCUGAGUUUUCCAUACGAGACCACUAAUCUCACUCGGGGUGGAUUCACUGACGAAUAUCGUACUACUUCGCGAACGGGUUAUGUCCAGGCUGAUCUUGCUCUACGUCCCAUUCCUACCCACCUAUCUGUUAUCCCUGAUGCGCUGCGCGAUCCGGAGAAAGCUGCAACUCUUCGCGACGUGAGAUUGGUGACGUGGUUGAAGAACGAUCCUGAGGAUCCACGGAACUGGUCGAAAGCCUAUCGUUGGUACCUUACUGCCGUCUGUGCAAUGUCUGUCGUUGCUGCUGCGUUCGGGAGUGCUGUCGUUACAGGCGAUUUUGAUGGACUCGAGAAAGAGUUCCAUGUAGGAGAAGUCGUCAUCGCAUUGAGCGUUUCUCUUAUGGUCUGCGGCUUUGGUCUUGGUCCUCUGGCAUGGUCGCCUCUUAGCGAAAUGCUGGGGCGUAGACCAAUCUGGGUGAUCCCGAGUAUUCUUUACGUCAUCUUCAACAUUCCAUGUGCUGUCGCAAAGAAUAUCCAAACCUUGCUCAUCUGUCGUUUCCUCUGCGGCAUCUUUGCCUCCUCACCUCUCACACUGGCAGGUGGUACAAUCUCGGACAUCUGGGACAACAAUGAGCGUGGUUUUGCGAUUGCUCUGUUCGCUGCAGCCCCGUACGGUGGACCCGUUCUUGGUCCAGUCGUCGGUGGCUUUGUGGGUGAGACUAUUGGUUGGCGGUGGUUAUUCUGGGUGAACAUGAUCUUCUGUGGUGUUACUGCAAUCUUCAUUGCGACGAUACCUGAGACGUUUGCCCCUGCUAUUCUGCACAAGCGUGCCAUACGUCUGCGUGAAGAGACAGGAGAUCCCAACAUCACCACUGAGCAAGAACUGUUCAGGGCCUCGUUCUCGGAAAUGCUCACUGAGACGCUUUUGCGCCCAUUCCAGAUGCUCGUGACGGAGCCCAUUCUUCUGCUAAUGUCCCUUUACAUAGCCCUCAUUUACGGUCUCCUUUAUGCGUUCUUCUUCAGUUUCCCUGUUGUAUUUGGACGGGGCGGAUACAACUUCGACAACGGACUAACUGGUCUCACCUUCUUAUCUGUGAUUAUCGGCCUCUUACUGGCGCUCGUCGCCAUGCCGUUCGUUGAGGCAAACUAUCGCGUGCGUGCUGAAGCGAAAGGGGGACACGCUGAUCCAGAGGAUCGACUGGUUGGCAUGCUCAUUGGUUGUUGGUUCGUGCCCGUAUCUCUGUUCAUCUUUGGAUGGACGGCUCCCCCAGUUGUGAUGCCCGGAGGUGGUAACUGGGUCGGGCCAUGUAUCUCGGGUAUUCCCUUUGGCUUUGGCAUGGUUAUCAUCUACUUCUCCGCAAACGCAUAUCUUAUCGACGCCUUCCCGGGCUACGUCGCGUCCGCGCUCGCGGCCAAGACCGUCAUUCGUUCAGGCUCUGGCGCUGCCAUGCCGUUGUUUAUCACGGCGAUGUACCACAACCUCGGCAACGGCUGGGCAGCCUCCGUCUGGGGCUUCAUCUCACUAGCAAUGAUUCCGAUCCCCUUCCUCUUCUACCGAUACGGCAAAGCCAUCCGGGCGCGCUCAAGUCGUGCAGCGUAG